UGCACUUUACAACUAUGGAUAAAGGCGUUCCUUCUAUUUCACAGAAGUUUAUAGUUGCAAGAGAGUUGCAAUCCAUGCAGUUGAACACUGCCCCGAUACACCACAGUUUGUCAAGGAAAGUGUUCUGAACUACAAACAGGUAACUUAUUUGGAUGUGCCCGUGCACGCAUGUAGGUCAACCCGGGGUCUGUUUACACACCGAACAGUGAUCGUACCAUCAUGAGGGGGUUGUACAAAGUCGGCUGUAUUUUUGUGAAGGAUCCAACCUUGACUUCCAUCCUUCAGGUGUUUACCAAGCCUUUAUCCACCACCAGUUCCUCUGUGGCCGCAGAGGUUCACAAGUUCUGUUUGGAAACACCUAUUGAGGAAGCCACCACGCCUCCUGCUAGCUGGUACACAGAUGAACGUCUGCACGACCUGGAGAUGAGAACGGUGUUCCGGCGGAACUGGGUAGCCGUGGGCGUGACUAACCAAGUGGCGAGACCUGGACAGUUCUUCACAGGUUUACUGGGUGCAGACCCGUUUGUGGUGGUACGAGACCAGUCUGACCAGCUGAGGGCCUUCCAUAACGUGUGUCGCCACCGGGCUAACAUCGUGGUCAGACAGGAGGAGGGUCAGACUGACCAGUUCACCUGCUGCUACCACGGCUGGACAUACAGACUGGACGGCAGACUAUCCAAAGCUCUGCGGUUACGCAGAAUCAAGAACUUCUCAGCGCGUGAGAACGGCCUGAAGCCGGUAGCGGUUCGGACGUGGGGCCCGGCGGUGCUGGUACGGCUGGAGGGAGACGGCAGGACGGACUUCCAGGAGAAAACCUCUCCGUUAUUACAUCAUCUCGACUCUCAGGGUUUCACACAGGGGAUGACACACAUCUGUCGGCGCUACUAUGACACCAGGUGUAACUGGAAACUGUUGGUGGAGAAUGCCCAGGACCACAACUCACAUGUGGAGUAUGUCCACAAGGACCUGGCAAAGAUCGUAGACCUGCCAUCCACCAAAGUGGAAGCUACGGACCUGUACAGCAAAAUGACGGGUCUAGGAGCAAAGGAAAACGAUGAGUCUACAGAAGGCCAGCGUUACGGAGAGGGGUACACGGUAGCAAACCUCUUCCCAAACCUCGCUGUCAACCGCUACGGUCCGUGGCUGGACACCAACCUACUCCUACCCCUGGCCGCUGACCGCACACGGAUAGUCAUGGACUACUUCUUAGAGGAAGACUUCGUCAAAAACACAAGCGAGAAAGAACUGGCGGAUUUCAUAGAGACGAGUUUGAAGGACAGUGACCAGGUGCAAAAGGAGGAUAAUGAUAUCUGUGAGAAUGUACAGAGGGGACUGUUGUCGUCUGCCUAUGAUGUAGGACGGUAUCUGCCCAUGAUAGAACAUGGUCCACACAUGUUUCAUGUGUUCCUGGGUACAGAGCUCAGAAAGGGACUGGAGUUAGGGCAGUAA